AUGCAGAAAGACAAUUUCUCGGGGACGGAAUUCUGGUCCUCCGGCGCCAACUCCGUCGCCGUGAGCAACCCGGUGGCCCAGAUCCGCGACGAUGGUAACUUCAUCGUCAGGGAGGCAUCCGGGAACGGCUAUCAGGCGUGGCAGAGCUACGACGUGCCCACGGACACGAUACUCCCAGGGAUGAGGUUCUGUCGGAGCACCGCCGGCGGGUUCAAUAUCAACCUCACGGCGUGGACGAGCCUCAGCGACCCGGCGCCGGGGGACUACGUUCUGGGAGUCGACAUGGACGGCGUGCCGGAGGAGUUCUUGUGGGCCGGCAUGCAGCCGCUGUGGCGGUCGGGGCCGUGGACCGGGCUCUACCUCAGCGGCGUUCCGCAGAUGGGGCAAGAGAAUCUGGUGGAGUACCACUAUGAGCCGGCGACCCCCCAACAAUUCGUCUACUCCUACACCGUCCGCGACAGCUCCUUCCUCUCCAGAAUCACCUUGAACUCCUCCGGCCAGCGUUCGAGCAUACGUUCCCAUGGAUCCCUGCGACACCGUGGCGGCCCCAACGCGAUCUGCUCCCCCAACUCGUAG